AAGUGCAGCAACAGUACAGUACGUAGCACAGUUGUAAUGUUUUGAAGUGUUUUCAUCCUGAGACGACGUUUUUUUAAAUAUAAGAUUUGAAAGCGCAAACUCUGGCAACAGUCUGAAAAAUGGAGGAUGACGCUCCUGUCAUUUAUGGUCUCGAAUUUCAGGCUCGAGCACUCACUGCCCAGACAGCUGAAACUGAUGCCAUUCGUUUCCUUGUGGGCACACAGUCACUGAAAUUUGACAACCAGAUCCACAUCAUUGACUUUGAUGAUGAGAAUAACAUCAUUAAUAAGAAUGUCCUUCUGCACCAAGCUGGAGAGAUAUGGCACAUUGGCACCAGUCCGGCAGAUAAGGCUGUGCUUACCACCUGCUAUAACAAAACCAGUGACAGCAGAGUGGUGUCGUGUGCGGCAGUAUGGCGGAUGCCUUCUGAUUGGGAGACAGGAAGUCAUGAGUCACCUGACGAUUCCACCCACAACCCCCAAACGCUGGAGCUGCUCUGUCACCUAGAUGACAGCGCCCACAGCAAUGCUGCCUGCGUGUUGUGGGAGCCCAUGGGGGAUGGCAAGCGUGUGAUUUCAUUGGCUGAUAAUCACGCACUACUCUGGGACCUGCAGGAGAGCUCCACACAGGCCAGGGUCUCCAGCACUGCCACCCUUGAGGGGAAAGGUCAGCUGAAGUUCACCUCGGGCAAGUGGAGCCCCCACCACAAUUGCAGCCAGCUCGCCACAGCGAAUGACACGGCCAUACGAGGAUGGGACCUUCGCACAAUGAGUCAGAUCUACUGUAUUGAGAAUGCCCACGGCCAGCUGGUGCGUGACCUGGACUUCAACCCCAACCGCCAGUACUACCUGGCCAGCUGCGGGGACGACUGCAAGGUCAAGUUCUGGGAUGUCCGAAAUGUCCAGGAGCCCGUCAAGACCCUGGAGGAACACUCACACUGGGUGUGGAGCGUCCGCUACAACCACAGCCAUGACCAGCUGGUGUUGACAGCCAGCAGUGACAGUCGCCUCAUCCUCUCCAAUAUGGUGUCCAUCUCCUCAGAGCCAUUCGGACACUUGGUGGAUGAUGAGGAGCUGAGUGAGGGGGAGGACAACCACCAGGAGGACAAGGGUAAGGAGCCCCUAAAGGACAGCGUGGUGUCCACCUAUGAGGAACAUGAAGACAGCGUGUAUGCAGCGGAGUGGUCGUCGGCUGACCCCUGGCUUUUCGCCUCGCUCAGCUACGACGGACGCCUCGUCAUCAACAGGGUCCCCCGCACCCUUAAAUACCGCAUCCUGCUCUGAGACGGUGGGGAGGGACAGGUUGUGUGUGUGUGUGUGUGUGUGUGUGUGUGUACAGUAAGAGUGUAUGUUCCACUGACCACUGUAAACAAAAUGGCUGUGCUGGCUAUCCCGACUAAAGUAAAAUCAAUGACUCCUGGAUGAACAUU